AGAAGAUCAUAUGUUCCUUGAGUGUUUUCUAUUUUCGUUAUGCAUGUGUGUUGUUUCUGAUCAUUUUGUUUAUUUCUUCUUUCAAGAAUUUUCUUGGGGUUCUUUGUUAACAACCCUUGGAUUUGAAUUUAGUUUCAUACUAUAAUAAAUUCGCUAUAUACAAAAGUGCCACCCUUAAUUAUUGGAUUAGUCUCAAAUAAGCACAUGCAUACGUACAAAUUAUUCACUGAUUUGAAUCUCAGUUCUGACGUUAAUGGAUAUAUCUAUCGUGUAUAAGGUAGGUGUUCAAAGCAAUAUAAAAUCAACGAUAAAAAUCUUCAGUUUACAGGAUGUCAUAUCACAUGAUAAAUGCUAAAAAAAUUGGUUCGCUGUGAAGCCCUUGUAUAUAUCGGAUCAGGUUAUAAAGAAUCACGCUGAUUUUUUUAACAAUACCGUCCAGUACUGUAGUUUGAAUGUUCUAUCGGAACUACAUCUACACUGAUAUCUUUUCAAAAAGAUUGUUCGGGUCCCAAAAGUACUUGGUUUUUCUAUCAAAACCAGUAUAACACUUUUUAGUUACAAUUUUUAAAGCAAAGAUAUAUACUUGGAUUUGAAGUAACAGGUAUGAAAACUUGACCAAAACAGAUUCCCUAAGGGUUUGUUCAACUCCUUGAAUUUGUCAAUCCAAAGAGGUUGAUUCCUCUUGACCCAUGUUUUCGUAUCUUUUUACUAAUUUAUAAUUUUUCCGUUUCAAAAUAAAUGAUAUUUUGAAGAGUUUUUGAUAUUUCAUAUACAUAAUAUAUUAAUUCUUUUUGUUAGCAACUUAAACAAAUUUGUAGACUUUGCAAACCAAAAUGGUAGUUUCGCAUCCAUAUGGACAACAAACGACAGUUGAUUUCUUGCACUGCGUGCUAGACUGUUCGCUUUUGAAUUCUACGGUCGUGGUAUAUGAAUGAGUUAUGAGCUGUUGAAAUUCCUCUUCAAAAUAACAUGCAAAGGCUGGCUAUUCUUCUAGUUCCAAAACUUUUUUAUAUAUUAAUUUUAGUUUUAUUGAAAAAAUUGUAUGACUAACAAUGUUUUAUAAUUUUUUUGAUGAUUGUCUAAACUAAUUUUGCUUAUAUUUUUAAUGCUCAUUUUUAGAAAAUGUAUGUCUUAACUUUUGUGUUUCUACUUUCUCACUAAAACAUUAUCUAUUUUAAAAUAGAGAAAAAAAUAUAUUUUUUGACAACUAAAAUGGUUAAAAUCCGGAUCUAUUAAAAACACAUACUUAAUUUUUGGGUGGGAGAUGCAACCCACGAAUAAACCACUUUCCGGAUAUUCAAAUAGGCCGUAAAUAAUGAGUCUAUAUCCGCGUGGCCACAUGUAAAGCUAAUAAUUUUACACUAGAGAAAAAUCGAUCUUUCGCCUAGACCAACGUAGCAACUUUUCUUCUAGCGAAAGCUGGUAAACCACCACGUCAUUAGAGAAAAAAUAUUUCUUUUUUAUUAAAAUUCUAACAAACAUGAAUAUGUGUUAUUUACGGUAUACGAUAUACACAAUUUGUAAUGCAGAUUCAUAAAAACUGAUUACAAGUAUGAUGAAAAUAACUAAUUUUAGAGGAAAUAUACCAUUUCGAGUUAGAUUCAACGAAUAUAUGUUUCAGAAAUGAAAGAAAUCAUAUCGUUUUGAAAUUCAGAGACUCAUAUUUCAUAUCAUCAUGCCAAUUGAAAUGAUGGUUACGAUGAUAAUGAAUACUUUCCGACCAACGCGUUGUCUCCUCUUUCUUUUGUCCUUUUUUCAUUUACCUUUCUUUAAUUUUUUUUAUUGUGAUUCUUCAUUUACAUAUUACCGUAAAUGGUUAGUGCUUAAAACUUAUUGGUGUAUGAAUCUCGGCCGCCGACAAAAAUCUGUACUUGAAGACAUUCGUGGAACUUCAAACGUUAUAUUAUUUCUUGCAUUAAUAUAUUACCACGCGCGUUGUCACGAACGCGAAGCCGAGUCUACUCUGGUCCUAAACACGUACUACAUACAACCGGUCUCUGCUGUUCCACUCCGGUAGAUGACCAUUGACCUCAUAAAAUAUACUAUUAAAGUAGCCACAUACACUAGUAAAUAUUGUAAAUAGUGUUAGAAUGGCCGCAUACCAUCUCCAGCUCAUUUCUAUUUUUAUUUAUAUGUUUUUUUAAAUAAUUUGUUUUAUUGUAGAGCUAAAUUUGCUCCAAUGUAUAUACUUAUAUAAUAGAGUUCUUCUAUUUAUAAAAUUUUUUAUAGAGAUAUGUUAUUUUCACCUCUAAAUACAAAGACAAAAAGUAUUUUUUUAUAUAUUUUCUUCUAAAAUAAAAGAACUCUAUUAUAGAAGCAUACAUCGGAACAAUUCCACCUAUAUAAUAGAAAUCUUUAUUUUAAAAUAAAAUAUAGAAACAUACAUUAGAGAUACUCUUAUUAAAAAAUGCUUAAUUUUUUCUUGGUCAAAGAAAUUUUUUGUAUAACACCAAAUGUUUGGUGGUUAUGAGAAAUUUUCUAACUAGUAGUAGUUAGACCAUCAUUAAUCACAGUCUCUUAACUGGAGUUCUUAACUUUGGCUAAGAGACGGUUCUUAGUUUUUCUUAGUUUUUUAACUAAGAAAAGCUAAAAAUCGUCUCUUAUAUAAAAGAUAUAAGAGCUGUCUUUUAAUCAAAAAUUAUAAAAAAAAAACAAAACAAAAAAGUGUCAAAUCAUGAGAUAAGAAUCCCGACUAAAAGACCGAAGUUAAUCAUGCCCUUAGUUAUCUACACAUAGAAACCCUAUUAUCCUAUUUUAACAAAAAUAUUGUAACAUAAUAACAAAAAUAUUGUAACAUAAUACAAAGUUCACAUGGCAAGUUCUUUCUCAAAAAAAAAAAAGUUCACAUUGCAAGUGAUCGACAAUCAAACAUAAUACAAUAUUGACAACUAAUACUCAAAUUCUUUGAUGUGAGUCUCAGAGAUAUCGACCGUUGCUUACAAAACAAUUCAAAUUAUUAAACACAUGAUACAAUUAUAUCUCUCCCGACAGUCAGAAUAUAAGAAAAGAUCAAUAACUAGAAAUGUAUGUUGACGUUAACGGAAAUGUGGGUGGCCGAGCACGCACGCCGGUCUGGCACCGCCCUUUCAACUUUUGCGGCCUUCUAAGCUCUCACGAAUCUCAACCACUUUCGUCCCUUUCCUUCAUUUUCAAACUUAUCGGCCCAAAGACGUAUGCAUGCAUACUCGAUCGACUAUACCAAAAUGAAAAUAAAAAGAGAGGUAUGUAUCAGUGUAUAUAUGUAUGUUUUGCUUGUUUCUUCGGUCUGGGACUCUUCAAAUUGCACCGACUGACACUCUUUGUAUAUACAUAGAAGCCCAUUACAGUUUCCCACUUAUUCUGGCCCAUUAUUGUUUAUAGAUCAAUUCAAAUUCUUUUUAAAUCCACCAUGCUUCAUUUUUUUUACUCCUUGAUCCAUUACCUAUUGAAAACUUAAUAACGAAUAAAAUGAUUGGUGUAUCGACUUCACGGUGUCGGUGAGGAUUGUGCGAAAAUCGUUGGUGAAACCAUGCACCUUGUGUUGAAAGAUACACAUGUAGAGAAUAGUAAACCCGUUUACAGACAAGCCAAAAUAUUAGAGAGAUCAUAAUAAAGGGAUGUCAAAAUUGCAACUAACUUGGAAAAAAAAAGGAAAAUUGAUUAAAAAAAUCCGACCUGCCGGAAUCGAACCAGCGACCUAAAGAUUUGCUGUCACAGACUACAGUCUUCCGCUCUACCAACUGAGCUAAGGUCGGUUAUUGUUUGUUGCGCAACAUAAUUUUAAAUAAACAAACAAUGCUGAUUGUCUUGAUAACCAGUUUACAAACCGGAGAAGAAAACCAGCAAGCGAGUAGCUUACCAAAUAAUCAACCACCUAAAAUUUAAAACAUUAUUUUCCUCUCUCUCUCUCUAAUCUACCGUUGUAAAUUUCUAGAUCCGUCUCAUGUGCUACAAGUCAAAAUUUACGGUCAAUUGACGUAUCGGUUCGACUCCAAAACCGGGACACGCACACGGUUUCAAUUUGACUGAAUCGCACGUGCCGUGUUGGGAUUGCACGUGGAAGCAAAGAGAUAGAGAGAGAGAACUGUUAACGUCGUCACUUGCGGUUAACGCCGGAUUCUCCUUCACCGGCCGUCCCUUAAAGCCACAGCCUUUUAUCCAAAACUCACUCACCGGAGUCAAAGUGAAUACCUUUUCUUCUGGGUUUCCUGACUUGAAUCUGAAAAUAUCGUCUUGGACGGGAAGACUCUCUCUCUCUCUCUCUCUCUCUCUCUCUCUCUCUCUCUCUCUCUCUCUCUCUCUCUCUCUCUCUCUCUCUCUCUCUCUCUCUCUCUCUCUCUCUCUCUCUCUCUCUGUGUGUGUAUAAAUACGCCAUACAAUGAACGAUCCGUAAGAACCAUCCCAACAAAGCAAUGAAGAAGCCUGCAUCCGUUACGAUGGAGCACGUUCUCUUAGCCUUACGAGAGAGCAACGACGAGAGAGAGAUGAGGAUCCGCAGCCUAUUCGAUUUCUUCGACAACUCCACUCUAGGCUUCUUAGACUACGCCCAGAUCGAAAAGGGUCUCGCUUCCCUCCAGAUCCCUCCCGAGUACAAGUACGCAAGAGACCUCUUCAGAGUCUGCGACGCCAACAGAGACGGCCGCGUCGAUUACCACGAGUUCCGCCGCUACAUCGACGCCAAGGAGCUCGAGCUUUACAUAAUCUUCCAAGCCAUCGACGUCGCUCACCACGGCUGCAUUUUCCCCGAGGAGCUCUGGGAGGCCCUCGUCAAAGCCGGGAUUGAGAUAGAUGACGAGGAGCUCGCGCGCUUCGUGGAGCAUGUUGAUAAGGACAACAACGGAACGAUAACGUUCGAGGAGUGGAGAGACUUUCUUUUACUAUACCCUCACGAAGCCACCAUCGAGAACAUAUACCACCACUGGGAGAGAGUGUGCUUGAUUGACAUUGGGGAGGUAGCUGUUAUCCCCGACGGUAUAAGCCAACACGUCAAAAGAAGUAGAUUACUUCUCGCCGGAGGAUUAGCCGGAGCCGUAUCUAGAACCGCGACCGCACCGUUGGAUCGGUUAAAAGUUGUUCUGCAAGUCCAGAGGGAGCACGCGGGUGUCCUCUCGACCGAGGAAGAUAAGCUUACGGGUUUCUUCAGAGGUAAUGGUUUAAACGUCAUGAAGGUAGCUCCCGAGAGCGCUAUUAAGUUCUGCGCUUUCGAGAUGCUGAAGCCUUUGAUUGGGGGAGAGGGAGGAGGGGAUAUUGGGACGAGCGGGAGGCUUUUGGCCGGUGGAAUGGCUGGCGCGGUGGCUCAGACGGCUAUCUACCUUAUGGAUUUGGUGAAGACGAGGCUGCAGACAUGUGGGAAGGCGCCGGAGCUGUGGAAGCUCACUAAGGAUAUAUGGGUGAGAGAGGGGCCUAGGGCGUUUUACAAGGGUCUCUUUCCUUCGCUUCUUGGGAUUGUUCCUUAUGCGGGCAUCGACUUAGCUGCUUAUGAAACGUUAAAGGACUUGUCUAGGACGUACAUUCUUCAUGACACUGAGCCUGGUCCGUUGAUACAACUGAGCUGUGGGAUGACAUCAGGAGCUCUUGGAGCAUCGUGCGUUUACCCGUUACAGGUUGUAAGAACAAGAAUGCAAGCGGAUAGUUCAGAGACGACGAUGAAGCAAGAGUUUAUGAAUACGAUGAGAGGUGAAGGUGUGAGAGGUUUCUACAGAGGACUAUUACCGAAUCUUCUCAAAGUGGUUCCGGCGGCUAGCAUUACGUAUAUUGUUUAUGAAGCUAUGAAAAAAAAUAUGGCUCUUGAUUAAAGCCAAAUACGAAAAUUUUCUCGGAGUUAGUCAUUCUUUUUUGUU